UUUUGGUACAAAGUUUCUAAUAUGCUUCUCUUCUCAUCGAUGCAUGUGAAUAAAUAAGUUGAUUCAAACUACCACUUUGAGAAUAUUUUAACUAAGUUUGGUAUGUACUCUCUAUUAAGAGGUUAGAGGUUUAAUCACUCAAACUUCACUUUGUUAAACCCUAAUUUUAAAAACAGAUCAAAUCUCAUUCUUAAACUUCACUUGUGAUCCAAAAUAUUUUCAAAUUACCUGUUUCCAUUCUCAAAUUUCAAAUACACAAUAGAUAAUUUGUGGGUUAUUGCCAUUUGUGGACGUUUUUCAUAGAAGAGAACUGUUUUGUUUCCCUCUAUUGUAAGAGUGGAGAAUCAAACAAAAUUGGCAGAAAACUUUUUUUUUUUUUUUUUAUAUUCAGUCCAUUUAAAUUUAUACCAUAACAAUUAAUCUUGUUUUUAAAUACUCAAAAUUCUUAAUAUAUUACCAUUUAUUUGUUGAAAUAAAGCAAUUAACAUUUUGCAGAGAGUUUUUAGAGUACUGAUGUUAUAAACCUCAAUAUGUAAAAUUGUCUGGUUAUUUUCUACUUUAUCUUGGCUUGAAUUUUCCUUGAAUGUCUCGUUCAGAUCCACGUCUCCAAGUAAAACAAAUGCCUGAAUGAAUUUGGCUAAGUCUUCUCAAACUCCAAAUAAUUUUUUUUUUGUUCCUAGUGGGCUUUAUUAAUUUAUUUAAAAGCCAAUUAUAUAUGUACAGCAGGUCUUUCUCAGUUUGACUUGUUUAAUUGCUACCUAUUUCUCCCUUUUUUUCUAUCAUCUCUGCCAUGGAAUCUGUCAUUUCAUAGAUGUUCUGCUCCCCUACUGCAAGCAAAAGCUGUUCUUUUUUUUUAGGGUCAAGCAAUAACCUUUGUGAGAGUGUUUCUCUUGUAGCCUGAUGGUUUAUUUUCUCUGUUUUUGCUAUCUUCUGAAGAGAUGAUCAUCAACCUGAAAAGGAAAUAAAUUUCAAUAUUGAGGUGGGUUUCAAAGAAAAUAAACAGAGUGGGGAAGAAGAUAGAAUAACAAUCUGGUUUGAGGAAGAACAUUGGAGAACAGUUUAGUUUGUUUGUUGAAUCUCAGGCCUUCAUGGAAGGUGAAAGUCAAGAAUCUAAUAAUGCUUCAGAAGCCAAGUCAUCUACAGAUGUUUUCAGGCCAAGUAGUAUGGGAGUCAAGAAAGCACUUACUAUGAUACCUCCUCAUAUCAUAGCCGAGGCGAUUUCGACAAUCACUGGCCUUGAUCUCAGAUGGUCAGGUCCUAUAACACCAGCAGAAAGGCAAUAUGUAGAACAAUAUGUAUUGGCCAAGUACCCACAGUAUGCAGGCUUAGAUGGAGAAAAGAUAGAUCUCUCUUGCCUUUGCAUCAAUGAAGAGCCAACAGAUCAAAUCAUGGCUGAUGAUUGGCGAAAGUCGCCAAGAAAUAUUCCGAGAGAGCCUUCGACGCUAUCCUUUGGAAGCAAUCUCCCUAACUUGGAGGGUACACAACUGGAACCUUCAAGAUUGUUAGACAUUCUCAACAAGAAGUCUUCCUUUCCAGGAAGUUUCAUCUCCAUUCCAGAAAUUCAAGCUCAAAACAAAGUUCUAAAGCACUGUGGAUUGCCUGAUGAAGAGUAUCUUGUUCUGUUCACUCCAAGCUACAGGCAGGCCAUGAUGCUAGUAGGAGAAGCUUAUCCAUUUUUUAGAGGAAACUACUACAUGACAGUUAUAAGAGAAGAACAUGAUUGCAUUAAAGAGUUUGCUAGUUUCAAGGAAUCCAAAGUGAUAGAAGCACCAGAAACUUGGUUGGAUUUGAGGAUUAAAGGAUCUCAACUUAGUCAGUACUUCAGAAGGAAGUGCAAGCACAGUCCAAAGGGGUUAUUUUCUUAUCCAGCUGACGUAAAUGGGACUCGAUACUCGCUGCAUUGGGUUUCUGAGGCUCAUCGAAACUCCUGGCAUGUCCUUCUGGACGCAACUGCGUUUGUUGUUGGUGGGGAACGGUUAAACCCUCUUCUACACAGGCCUGACUUUGUGUUAUGUAGUCUUGAUAAUACACAUGCAAGUCCCUCGAGGAUUAUUUGUCUUUUAAUCAGGAAGAAAUCCUUUGAUACUACAAUGGCAUCAUCCCAAGCAGCUGAAUGAUUAGCAGUUUGUUAUAUGACCAUGCUGAAGAAUAUGUUUAGCUUGAUUGUAAUAUCCAUUCUAUGGCAUGUACCACCUCAUGACCUGUAAAAGAUUAAAAUUUCCUUGAUAUAUAUGCUAAA